AUGAUCUUGGCUAGUAUAUUUGUUUGCUUUUGCCUGGCUUCGGCCUUUAAUUAUUAUCGCACGCGACGGCAACGCAAAUUUGUGGCGAAUCUCAAAGGACCUUUCACCUGGCCACUUGUUGGUUCCAUGCACAAGAUUGUGCUGCUCACACAAAAGAACUUCUUUCAGCACAGCUCCAAAUAUCUUGCCAAAUAUGGAAUUCUGUCACGUUGUUGGAUCUUUCAUCGACUUUUCAUACCAGUUGCUGAUCUUGAAUUGGCGAAACAACUACUGCAAAGUGAAUCCCAUCAGCAGACUGGCCACGAAUUGAUGAAAGAUUGGCUGGGCAACAGUUUACUCUGCUGUCCGCCAGAGCAAUGGGCUCAAAGGCAUCAAAGAUUGGCCACAUUCUUUCAAACGGAUAACAAGUUGCAGCUUCUGAAGUUACUUCAGGAAAAAGCUGAACAACCUUUCGCAGAUUUGUCAGUAUUUGCAGAAUCCCGAGAAGUGUUCGAUGCCUGGCAAAUUAUGUCACCCAAAGUGCUGGACCUCAUCUUGGCUGUGAAUUGUGGCUUUCGUCCAAGCGAUCAAUAUAAACAGACAUUUGCAGACUUGACUGAGCUUUAUCGCCAACGCUUUCUGGGCCUCAAGUCAGCCAAUCGCUUUACUUUCUGGCUUGGCUCUCCAUUUGUGCGCCGACGACAACUGCGCUUGAUCAAGCGCAUUAAUAAUGAGAACAAGCUGGUUUUGAAUCAAUGUCGCCAACAGCAGCAAGUUAAGAAUGACAGCAUUGCAAUAAAAGUUGAUCACAUUGAGGCGCCUAUAAAACUCGAUCAUCAAGCUCUGAUCGAUGUGUUGGCUGCAAGUGAAAAUCUAAACAAUGAACAGCUGCUCGCUGAGUUAAAUACUUGCAACUACUUGGGUUAUUUGCUGUGCAGCACAACUCUUUGCUUUGCUCUGGUGCAGAUUGCUCGGUAUCCAUCAGUGCAGCAAAGAUGUUACGAAGAAUUAAGGAAGGAAAAAGAAAUCAAUCUCCAUGAAUUGCCUUAUCUAGAAGCUGUGCUAAAAGAGACGCUUCGCCUGCAGCCACCGCAAUUAAUUGUGCAACGACAGCUCAGUCAAGACUUUGCAUACACUCAUUCUAAAGUUGGCGACGCUGCUUUGCCAAUUGGAGCCGAAGUCUACAUCAAUCUCUAUGAGCUUCAACGCUCUGAGUUGACUCAACACUUUGAUCCAGAACGCUUUUUAGACCCAGCUGCAGAGCUGCUCAGCUUUGGUUUAGGACCACGACAAUGUCCUGCUCAGCAGUUUAGUUUGCUGCUGUUGAAGUCUUUGCUAGCUCCGCUUUUGCUGCAGUUUGAGCUGCUGCCCUUUGGCGAUGCACUGCGUCCAAAUCUACGCUUAGCUCCAGGCUCACGCAAUGGCUUUCAAUUGUCCGUAAAAUUAAGAUAA